AUGGGGAAAGGUUUCUUUAUUAGUAAAACUGUUGGGAUUUUGGGGAUCAUCGCAGGUGUGGGAGCCUUAGCCACUAUCAUAGCUUUGUCAGUUGUUUACUCACAGGAAAAGGGGAAAAACAAUAAUCAAAAUGAAGAACAAACAACCUCCAAACCCCCUACCACAACACCCAUUCCAUCCAAUAAACCUUGGGACAAGUAUCGGCUGCCCAAGAACCUGGUGCCAGAGACAUAUAAUGUCACCUUAUGGCCAAGACUGACUCCAGACCCAACAACUGGUCUUUACACCUUCUUAGGCAGUUCCGUUGUGGACUUUGAAUGUGUGGAGGACACUGACCUGAUUCUUAUCCAUUCUAAUAAAUUGAAUUACACCAAGUUUGAGAACCAGUUGGCAAGACUCAUGUCAGUGAGUAGUGUUGAAGCCCCCGCAAUCAAGUCCUCCUGGCUCCAAGGUGUCACACAGUACCUGGUCCUGGAGCUGGAUGGUACACUGAAAAAGGGACACAAGUAUCGCCUCUACACUGAAUUCAUUGGAGAACUAGCUGAUGACCUUGGAGGCUUCUACAGGAGCGAAUACAUGGAGGAUGGAGAGAAAAGGGUCAUGGCUACCACCCAGAUGCAGCCUACAGAUGCUAGGAAAUCUUUCCCUUGCUUUGAUGAGCCAGCUAUGAAAGCUUACUUCUUCAUUACGCUGAUCCACGACCGUGGAACUACAGCCCUGUCCAAUGGCAAGGACAUAGAAACAACUGAAAUCAACCAUGAUGGCCAGGAUCUGCUUAAGACAGUUUUUGAGCGAACGGAGAAAAUGUCGACUUACUUGCUGGCAUUCAUUGUCAGUGACUACGACAGUAUUGUUAACAGCAUUGAUGGCGUUGAGAUCCGCAUUUUCGCCCGGAGGUCCGCCAUUGCAGCUGGUCAAGGACAGUAUGCCCUUAACAAAACUGGACCAAUCCUUAAAUUCUUUGAGCAGUAUUACAAUGCCACGUACCCUCUACCCAAGUCUGAUCAGAUAGCAAUCCCAGACUUUAAUGCAGGGGCCAUGGAAAACUGGGGUCUGAUCACAUACCGGGAGACAGCUCUACUGUACGAUGAAGCUUUCUCCUCCAACUCCAACAAGGAAAGGAUCGCUACGAUCAUUGCUCAUGAACUGGCUCACAUGUGGUUUGGUAAUCUGGUGACACUCAGAUGGUGGAAUGACUUGUGGCUGAAUGAAGGCUUUGCAUCCUAUGUUGAGUACUUGGGAGCAAAUAAUGCUGAACCUGAGUGGAAUGUGACAGACCUCAUCGUGCUUGGUGACAUUCAUAGGGUGUUUGCUAUUGAUGCUCUGGCUUCUUCCCACCCUCUGUCAUCUAAAGAAGAAGAUAUCCAGACGCCAGCACAGAUUAGUGAGCUGUUUGAUGCUAUUUCAUACAGCAAGGGAGCAUCUGUCCUCAGGAUGUUGUCUGAUUUCCUGACUGAAGAUGUCUUCCAGCUGGGACUGAGGUCCUAUCUGAGUGCAUUUAGCUUUGGGAAUGCAGUCUACACAGACCUUUGGUAUCAUCUGCAAAAGGCUGCUGAUUCUAGCAAGUUAAAGCUUCCUGAUACUCUCGAUAACAUAAUGAACACCUGGGUGCUGCAGAUGGGCUUUCCUGUGGUUACCAUUAACACUGGGACUGGAAGUGUUUCCCAGCAGCACUUCCUUCUGGAUCCAGAAGCUGUAGUCACAACUCCAUCCCCCUUCAAUUAUCAAUGGAUCAUUCCAAUCAAAUGGAUGAUGACUGGAAAUAUGCAGAAUCCACUGUGGCUAACAUCCAAAUCAGAAACAUCUGAAGCUAUGAAAGCAACACAAGAUCAGUGGGUGCUAGCCAAUGUCAACAUGGUUGGUUACUACAGGGUCAACUAUGAUGAUGACAACUGGGCCAAACUCUUAGAUGUUCUGCAGAGUAAUCAUCAGCUCAUUCCACUGAUCAACAGAGCUCAGAUAUUGGAUGAUGCCUUCAAUCUGGCCAGAGCCAAGAUCAUUUCUACAGUGCAGGCGCUUAAUACCACCAAAUACCUGAAUAAUGAGAGAGAUUACAUUCCAUGGAAGGCAGCCCUUAACAACCUGGACUUUUUCUACCUCAUGUUUGACCGCAGCGAAGUCUAUGGCCCCAUGCAGGAUUAUCUCGUGAAAAAAGUCUCCCCUCUGUUUGAAUACUACAAGCAAAUGACAGACAACUGGAGCAAAGUUCCUGAUGGACACAUGGACCAGUAUAAUCAGGUGAAUGCAAUUAGCCUGGCUUGCAGGACAGGGUUGGAGGAAUGCCAAAACCUGGUCAUGACAUGGUUUCAAGAGUGGAUGGAUACUGACACCAACAGGAUCCACCCUAACCUGCGCUCCACUGUGUACUGCAAUGCUAUUGCAGCAGGUGGCAAGAAAGAAUGGGAUUUUGCUUGGUCACAGUUUAAGAAUGGCAGUACUGCUAUUGAAUCUGAUAAACUUCGCUAUGCUCUGUCCUGCACCAAACAACCUUGGCUGCUCAACAGGUAUCUGGAAUACACUCUAGAUCCAGACAUGAUCCGAAAGCAGGAUGCCACCGCCACCAUUGUCGACAUUGCCAGUAAUGUGGUUGGUCAGUCUCUGGCAUGGGACUUUGUCAGGGCUCGAUGGUCAUACAUCUUCAGUCAGUAUGGUGGUGGCUCAUUCUCAUUCUCCAACCUCGUAAACGGCGUCACCAAACGUUUCUCCACUGAAUUUGAGCUUCAGCAGCUGAAGCAGUUCAAGGCUGACAAUUCCGAUGUUGGUUUUGGCUCUGGGACCUUAGCACUGGAUCAAUCCAUUGAGAGAACCAUCGCUAACAUUAAAUGGGUUGAAGAGAACAAGAAGAAUGUUCUGGACUGGUUCACAACUGAAGCUAAUGCCCAAUGA